AUGGACAAAGAGCAAGAGCCUGAUAGUCAAUCCAAAAAGCAAAAAACCAAAAAAUCCUCAUCAUCCUGUCCAGCAAAAGAGGCUUCAAACCAAAUGAUUGAAGACUUGAAGAAAGAUCUAAUGGAACAGCAAGCCUUGGAGUUACGUUCUGAAUGUGACGAAACAUCGGAUGAGGACCAUGAGCCUCCCAGGAAUUGGAGCAGUACACUGCGUCAAAUCAAGCAAUUAAAAUCUGAGAACAAAAGGCUCAAAGAAAGCAAUUAUAAACAAAUUGUAGAAGCAAUCAGGGACCUGCCAGCUGUUGUUCAAAACUUAAGACACAUAACUGAGCAGCUUUCAUCGUUCUCAAAGUCUUCCUCUGCCGAAUCAACACCUGUGCGACUAGUGCGAUCUGAACACUUGCCUGUAUCCUCUCCUGCAUCUCCUCAAGAGGAGUCUGUUGACAUGGUGUCUCUGGUGCCAGGCUCAGACGUCAAAGUCAACAAAAUGAAGCUGAACUCUCUCCGAACUUCAAAUUCGUCAGUUUAUGUUGGAGACCUUGCUGUCCUAAUCUUUGGCAGAGAAACGCUGGCUAGCUCAAGUCUGACCGGGAGACAGUCAGCAGCACAUAAAGAUGUGGAGUCCAAGCCGCAACUGGAUGCUGCUAAAUUGGAUGCCAUUGUUGGGUACGCUCGGUCGAGGUUUCCAUCUUUGAGCGUUCAAGAUAUAAGAAAAAUAAUAAGAAAGAAGUGCAACAAUGAAAACUUCAAAAAAGGAUCAACGGCCAAGCAAGUGGAUGCUACACAGAAUUAA